GGUUAGUCUUUCAUUAAAAAAUAAUAAUUUAGAUGGCCAUAUUCCCAGUUCAUUUGGCAACAUGCUAAGCCUCGAAUUCUUGGAUCUGUCCAAAAAUAAUCUGUCGGGAGUGAUUCCAAAGUCUCUAGAAACACUGUUACAGCUCAAGUAUCUAAAUUUAUCUAUCAACAUACUCCAAGGAGAAAUUCCAACAGGUGGUCCUUUCAAAAACUUCUCUGCUCAAUCAUUUGCAUCAAAUGCUGCACUUUGUGGUGCACCGCGACUCCAUGUUCAACCAUGCACAAAUAGUACAGAGAAACCAAAUUCAAAGAAGGCUAGAAAAUAUGUCUUGAAGUAUAUUGUUCCAGGGAUAUUGUCAGCAAUGCUCCUAGGGACCUUUAUAACGUUACUAAUAGUACGCAUGAAAAGGAAUGAGGAAGUUGCAACAAAUGCUAUCUUGUUGCCUGACCAACAUUGGAGAAAAGUUUCAUACCAAGAACUUCUAAGGGUGACAAGCGGGUUUAAUGAAAGCAACUUAAUUGGCACUGGUGGUUUUGGUUCUGUAUAUAAAGGAACGCUUUCAAAUGGGAUGGAGGUUGCAGUAAAAGUUCUCAAUCUACAACUGGAAGAGGCUUUCAAGGCUUUUGAUAGUGAAUGUGAAAUGCUGAGCAAUAUUCGUCAUCGGAAUCUCAUCAAAAUCAUCAAUAGUUGUAACGAAGUUGAUUGCAAAGCCUUGGUACUGAACUACAUGCCUAAUGGGAGCCUUGAGAGGUGGCUGUAUUCGGAAAAGUUUUGUUCAUUGAGUAUCAUAGAAAGGUUGAAUAUAAUGAUAGAUGUUGCAUCGGCACUGGAAUACCUUCACCAUGGAUAUCCAAUACCUAUUGUCCAUUGUGAUUUGAAGCCGGGUAACAUACUCCUAGAUGAGAAUAUGGUUGCACAUGUCGCUGAUUUUGGAAUCGCAAAACUUUUGGGAGGAGGAGAUUCUAUGACCCAGACAUUGACCCUAGCCACAAUUGGGUAUAUGGCUCCAGAGUAUGGGAGAGAAGGAAUUGUUUCAACGAGAGGGGAUGUGUACAGUUUCGGUAUUGUACUCAUGGAAAUAUUCACAAAAAGAAAGCCAACAGAUGAGAUGUUUGAUGAGGAAAUGAGUAUGAAGCAAUGGAUUGCAAAUUUGUUAAUCCAAGAUGCAAUAGUUGACAUUGUGAUGCCAAUUUACUCGAGAAAGAGGCAGAUCAAGAUUUUGUGCGGAAGGGGGAUUUUUUAUCGUCCGUUAUGGGAUUAGCUCUAGCUUGUUGUAGUGAAUCACCUCACGAGAGGAUAACUAUGCGUGAUGCUGCAGCCAUCCUCAGUAAAAUGAAGACCAAGCUUUUGAAGGAUACUGCAGGAUAGCAUCUUUGUUUCUCCCAAAUAUUGUGAAAGUCUACUUAAUUAAUCAACAUUCCUCAAGUCAUCGUUGUUUACUUUUCCUUACAGAUUUCUUCUAAUUUCUUCGUACCAUGCUUUAGUACGUCACACUAUAAGAACGAGAAGCAACAAUUAGUUAUUACUUUUAUCAAUUGUUUGACUUGUCUAAU